GUAACAAGUUUAAUAUGACUAUGACUACUAUCCCAAAUGUCAGACAGAGGAGAAAACAAAAACAGUUGUAGUAAAUUUGUUUGCAUAUUGUUAAGAGUAAAACUGGUCCAAAUUCAUUAAUUCGUUCAACCCAUCAGUAUCAUAUCCAAAACAAUAGUCACAGCGCAGAAACUAGUGCACGACGCAGUCUCACUCUCGCAUGGGCUCACUCUCAAAUGGCUCCUCACUCCCUACAUAGUGCACUACACAAGGGAUUAGAUAGUGGCUUCUCCACCCAAAUAGUACGUCCAAUAAGGAGGAUUUGAGUCCCUGGCCAGCCACCUGCCUGAUUAACAAUGGUUCACUCAUUCAUCAACAGCGGUAUUGCUACGUCACAGCGUUACCUUUGGACGUCCAGCCAAUCAGGCGCUGCAGGUGGCGGACACUGAAACCAGCGCUGCUGAGGGCUGGUAGUGUGCUGGACCGUCUCAGUAUCGACACAUGGUUUACCUCAGAUUUUAAACGGUUUGGUGCUUCAGGCGCGUUGGGACCGUAGGAGUCGAUACCGUUUGUUAUUGUUUUUCGGAGCACGUUAAAAGUACCUUGGUCCACCUUGGAAACUUCAAUUUUCUGUCUUUCUUGUUUCUGGGGGAGAAUUUGAGGAAUUGCCGCUGCCAGCAUGUCUCGAGACCCAGACGACGUGAACAAACUCACAGAAAGCACGUAUAAGAAUGUGAUGGAGCAGUUCAACCCAGGACUGCGCAACCUUGUGAACCUUGGGAAAAACUAUGAGAAAUCGGUGGCAGCGAUGACCCUUGCUGGAAAGGCAUAUUUUGAUGCAGUCUCAAAGAUUGGAGAGAAUGCUGCUGUGUCGCCAGUCUCCAGGGAACUGGGAGUGGUCCUGAUGGAGAUAUCUGAAGUGCAUAAGAAGGUCCAACUGGAGCUGGAGGAGUCUUUCAAAAGAUUUCAUAGAGAAAUCAUCAUAGAACUGGAGAGGAAAACAGACAUGGACGUCAAAUACAUGACUGCCACGUUCAAGAGAUACCAGUCGGAACACAAAAUUAGGCAAGACUCACUGGACAAAUCGCAUGCAGAUCUGAAGAAACUACGCCGAAAAAGCCAGGGGAAGCAUUCCAGCAAGUAUGAGAUCAAGGAAAAUGAGUUUCUGGAGACAAUCACAUCACGACAGACGGACAUGCAGAAGUUCAUAGCGGAUGGCUGUAGAGAGGCCUUGCUGGAGGAGAAGAGGAGAUUCUGCUUUCUGGUGGACAAACACUGUAUCUUUUCCUAUCAGAUGGCGGCUUUUCAUGACAAGGCAAAAGAGAUGCUGUCUCUGAAGCUGCCCAGCUGGCAGGAUAAGUGUAGUGAUGCCACCAAGGUCCCAGACACGGUAAUGUCCAUGAUCGAGGGCCUGACUACUCCAGUCUCUAUGACAUCUAACUCCUCGCCUCUCGUGGAGCACUUUGACAGGAGUAAUUCAGACUCUGUGGUGCCACCACCAGCCCCAUCGCUGAAAGCUCAGACCAGUCCAUUGGCAAAUAUGUUCUCCCAGGAGCUCCCCAGAAGCCCUAUCUCCCCAGAGGCUUACUCAGACCAGGAUAGUCUCGAUGGUAAUGGCCUGUCCAGGUCUACGUCUGUGUCCAGUGGUAUGAACAUGCUAAAGAAGCUGCGAGUGCAGACCAUCUUCCCACACACAGCUGGAAACAACGAGACCCUGCUCAGCUUUGAUGAUGGAGAAAUCAUCACUUUGCUUAUUCAGGAAGAGAGAGACGGCUGGCUCUACGGGGAAAUGGAGAAAACUGGACAAAGAGGCUGGUUUCCAUCAUCGUAUUGUCGACCUUACAGCGAGCCUGUGAUCACAAACAUGAUUGAGGCCCCUCUGCACCCCCUAAAUGUGGUAGACCUACCUGAGCAGCACGUAGAGGGCGAGGAAGAGGAGGAAGAGGAACAGCAGCCUGUGCUGCUGCCUCCCCCUGACUACAGUGACUCAUCCAGGAAGCCCUCCACCCCCUCCCCGCAAAACACGGUGUCUUUGCCCAACGGUACUUCCAUGCCUCCUUUUCUUGGAGGUGGGAAUCCCUUUGCCACAGUCAAACUACGGCCCACAAUUACAAAUGACCGAUCAGCGCCCAUCAUCUAAAGCCACACUGCACAACCCUUGACCUGGAUUUGGACCUCAUCUUCAUUUGAUUCUUCAUUUGCAGCUACUUGAGCUGGAGUUUUGAAAAAAAUGUAUACAUGAAAAGGGCUUAAGUACAGAUGUUUCUAACUAUAACUUUGUAGAACUCCACAUGCCCAUGUUAACGUGAGAAAGUAUAUGAAUUAGAUUUGCUAAUUAUUGAUGGGUUGAUUUUAAGUUAGAUCUUGGUUCUGGAUCUUGGAAACUGGAUCCCUUUGUAAUCUAAAAGACCAAACCUCUUUCCUUAGGUUCUAACCGAUAUCAAACACAUUGUUUGACCAUAUUGGUCUUUCUGGAUGUUAAACCGUGACAGUUGCUAAUAUUUUUAUGUGGUGUUGUUUGUUAGAGGCAACAGCUGACACCUUGGCAAAGAUGCCACCAUUUUAGGCCAAAACACAGAGCACUGACUUGUAGAAUUUCAAAUGUCUGUUCAAAGCAUUUUGUUGUAGAAAUCGAGAUUAAAUAUAUAAUACAGAUAUUUGAAUUUGCGUAGAAUGCUAUAUGAAUGUAUUCUGUCUGGUCUUUUGCGGUAGCAUAUGUUCCUGUUAGCUUUGUGCUGUGCAAACAGGUACUCGUUUCUUCUUUAAUAUGCAGAUACUUUCUUAGUCUUCACCUUUAUUUUUUUUGAAGGAGGUAACUAUAAAGGCACAUGGUGGUUCAUUUGUAAAAGAAGAGUAUUCUACCUGGCAAAACAACUCAAUAUACAGCUUAAUACACUGGCUCUGUCUUGAUGCCUAGUCAGAAACUGAUGUGCAUUCUUGUGUACAGGAUAUUAAUAUUUUAGGAUAUUAAUGUGGGGACAUGUCUUAUUGUUUGUUGUUAAAUUUGUGCAUAUUUACUGUUGUUUUAACAUAUAUGGGAUAACUUUUUUAGCCUGUUUAGACAUUUAUUCUUUGUGCUAUUUUCUGUCAAACAUGACACUGGAAUAAAAGAUACUGGUUUUCA